UACCCGAGGCCACGUGACCCCGAGCCGCCAUGGCGGCGGUGCCGGGCGGUCGCCGCUCCGGGCCUGCAGCGGGCGCCCGCUUCUUCUGCACCGCGGGCCGCGGCCUGGAACCCUUUCUGAUGCGGGAGGUGCGGUCGCGGCUGGCGGCCACGCAGGUUGAAUAUAUUUCAGGAAAAGUUUUUUUCACCACCUGUUCUGACUUGAAUAUGCUGAAAAAAUUAAAAUCUGCAGAAAGGUUAUUUUUGCUGAUUAAAAAGCAGCUUCCAUUUAAUGUUUCUUCUGUAAGUAAAGGAAAAAUAUUUAAUGAAAUGCAGAGACUUACAAAUGAUGAUCCUGAAAGUUGGUUGAAUGCCAUUUCAAUUUGGAAAAAUCUUCUUGAACUUGAUGCAAAAAAGGUAAAACUUUCUCAAAAAAAUGCUAACCCACUAAAAAGAAAAGUGGAAGAAAAUGACAUCAUUGCUAAGAAAUUGAAAACAGCACAAAUGCAAGAGAUACAAGAGAAUAAGGAAUGCCAAAUGGAAAAACAAAUAGAAGAAGAAACACUGGAGCAAGGAAAUUUUACCACUAAAAGAGACAAAUCUCAAGAAGAACUUCAGAACGAUGUAGCAGAAGCAGUUGAUACUCAAAAGCAGAACGACUUAACUUUCAGAGUUUCCUGUCGCUGCAGUGGAGCCAUUGCAAAGACCUUUACUGCACAGGAGGUAGGAAGAGUAAUUGGAAUUGCUCUCAUGAAACAGUUUGGAUGGAAAGCAGAUUUGAGGAAUCCAAAUUUAGAGAUCUUUAUACAUCUAAGUGAUAUUUACUGUGUGGUGGGAAUUCCUGUGUUCAGGACUUCCAAAACUAUGUUGAAUAAUAGUGGUGAGAGUGGACAACCUUGUCUUGUUCCUGAUCUUAGAGGAAAUGGUUUCAGGUUUUCACCAUUGAGAACAAUGUUGGCUGUGGGUUUGUCAUAUACAGCCUUUAUUAUGUUGAGGGUUCCUUUAGCCAGCAGAGCUUACAUCAAGACAGCAGGACUGAGAUCUACCAUAGCGUGGGCAAUGUCCUCUCUCGCAGAAAUUAAGGCUGGUGCAGUUGUUUUAGAUCCAAUGUGUGGACUUGGAACAAUACUUUUGGAAGCCGCUAAAGAAUGGCCAGAUGUGUAUUACAUGGGUGCUGACGUCAGUGACUCACAGUUACUAGGUGCCUGUGACAAUCUGAAAGCUGCAGGCCUCAAGGAUAAAAUUGAGUUACUUAAAGCCUCUGUGAUAGAAUUACCACUGCCUUCAGAAAGUGUCGAUACUAUUAUUUCCGAUAUUCCAUUUGGGAAAAAGUUUAAGUUAGGAAAAGACAUCAAACACAUUAUACAAGAAAUGGAAAGAGUGCUUCGUGUUGGCGGGACCAUCGUGUUGUUGCUUAGCGAAGAUCACCACAGGCGCCUUAAAAGUUGUGAAGAGAGCAGCGUCCCUUUGAAUUCCAAGGGCAGCCGCACGGAUAAACCUGGAAGCACAGAGUGCUUGAAUCCUGAAGAAAAAGCUGCCAUAUCAGAGCCAGCGUCAUCUUCAUUUGCAGCCAGUAACCAGGAGUGCUUGGACAGAAUGCCACCAUUCGGCUCUUUGGUGCCAGUGGAAUGCUACAGAGUUAGCCUUGGAAAAACAGAUGCGCUCAUAUACAAAUAUAAGAAGUCGCACUCCCCUGGGCAAUAGCGGGCUUGCUACUGUGAGCCACGUUCAAGUCCUUCUACGUCAGCUGUACAGAGUAGAAGAUGGUUGUCUCUGGAAUCUUGACAGUGCCAGAGGCUUCCAAGUAAACAGACUCCCCUAAGACAGGGCGGUGGCUGCUGGACACCUGUUCUUCAUAAGAGCUUCUGUUUUACACUCUAAAGAGUGUUUCUGACAAAGAACAACUAAUGGAUAUUUGAACUAAAGGACUCUUAAACUUCACCUUCUGUCAGAAUAUGAAAAGGUCUGCUCUGCUUGCACUAUUUAUGAGCAGAAGAUUCAACCUCAAAGCAGAAGUUUCAGAGGCUCAGCAUAAAGUAUAUCUCACUCAUCACAAGUUUAGUAAUAUUUUCACUGUCACAUUUUUUGAAAUGUAGAAACUUUUAUGUUUUGAUAUCAACUUUCUUUUGAUAUUAAACUUGAUUUUUUGCACCUGUCAUUUUCUUCUCUGUUGGAAUGAAAAUAACUUUUAUCUGCAGUACAUUUUAUAUGUCCCACAUUAUGUGAAACAUCAGUGGGAAUAAUAAUAUGAAUUAAGCCAAUAUCCUCCCACAUGAUGGAAGAUAAACUUCGUAUUUUUUGUGAAAGUAUUAAUAAAUUGUCACCUCACUGUCA